UUGUUUGUUUUGUUGCUAAUUUUCAUUAAUUUGGUGUCCUUAAAUGUAUGAUACAUUUUUUAUACAUAUAUGUACUUAUUUGGAACUAUUUAGUGUAAUACAAAGUCGUCAAAAAUGAACAAAGUAAAAUGGAAUGUUGUUGUUCUUGCUAUGAUAUUGGAUUUGGUGUUCUGCAAAUUGGAAUUGGAAAUAACGAAUGGUAAAAUUAAAGGACAAAUUUUGAAAUCCAGGGAUGGACGUUCAUUUUACUCCUAUACGGGAAUACCGUACGCGAAACCACCAAUUGGAGAACUAAGGUUCAAGGCGCCGGAACCAGCCGAACGAUGGAAUGGUACACUGGAUGCUACGAAAAAACCAAACCGAUGCUUGGAUAAACAAAUAUCAGGAUGCAAUGAAGAUUGUUUACACUUAAAUGUGUAUUCUCCAAAAUCUGAUAAAAAUCUUUUACCAAUUAUGUUUUGGAUUCACGGCGGAAGUUUUUCUGAGGGUUACAGCGGAACGUUCGGACCAGAAUAUUUUAUGGACAAAGAUGUAAUUUUAGUUACGAUAAACUAUAGGCUUGGUGUAUUAGGGUUUUUAAGUACCGAAGAUGAUGUGAUAACCGGCAAUUACGGGAUGAAAGAUCAAGUCGAGGCAUUGCGUUGGGUACAGAAAAAUAUAAUUUAUUUUAAUGGCGAUCCUAAUCAAGUGACGAUUUUUGGCGGUAGUGCAGGAGGCGCUAGCGUAGGAUUUCAUAUGUUAUCACCGAUGAGUAAAGGUCUUUUCCACAAGGCUAUAUUGCAAAGUGGUACUCCGGUUUGUAGGUGGGCUAUUUUACCUCCUGGAAUUCCUCGUAAACGAGCUCAUACAAUUGCCACUAUCGCAGGAUGCAAUUAUAAUACUUCAGAAGACAUAUUAAAUUGUUUGAAAAAACUUCCAGUUGAUUAUAUUGUUAAUGUUCAAAAUAAAUUAUAUGCUUGGUUCCAUCAUCCCGCUGUAUUAUUUAAUCCCGUCGUUGAAAAUUGUAAUUCAGAUCAUAAUGGAUUUCUUUGCAAUCAUCCAAUUUACGAUUUCAAACAAGUAUCUUUUGUGCCCGCUAUUUUUGGUGUUAAUUCAGGCGAAGGUGGAAUGUUUGUUUCUUCUUUAUACAAUAGUACAUCCCUGGUUCGUACAGAAUUCCGGGAAAAUUUUAAUCGUUUACUGUCCAUUAUAUUACACUAUAAUUACUUUACUAAAGAAGAAUACAUAGAUGAAAUCGGACAACUAGCAUUGAAAGAAUAUUUUCCAUCGGGUACUGUAAAUGACGAUUCUCAUUGCAAUAGUACUAAUAUUUUUACAGAUGAGGGUUUUAUUCGUUGUACUCUAGAUAUGGCGACACAAUUGUCGUCGCCCGUCUAUGGUUACUAUUACGAUUAUCAGAAUAAUUUUUCGUUUAAUCGAUACUUCGGUUCUUGUGAAAAACCGCUUGGAGUCACUCAUUGUGAUGAACUCACUAGUAUAUUUAAAAUGAGCACUAUAAAUCCUGAUGAUUUAAAUGCAAAAGACUUGGAAGUAUCGAAACUAGUUGUCAAUAUUUGGUACAAAUUCGUUAGUUCUGAAACGCCUACUAUUGAUGGAUCAGAUGGAGGAGAUGCUUGGCCAAUAUUAACUUCUAAUAAAAAAUUAACUUUUCUACAUAUUAAUUCAGCGCAACCAAAAAUUAUUCAAAAUCCUUUUGGAGAAAAAUAUAAAUUUUGGUACCGAAUUUCUCAUUAUUUUCAAUUACGUCAAACGUCGUUAUGCAAAUUACCAUACAUAAUAUUAUUAUGGAAGUUCAUUACUGUCCUAGUAUUUUUCAAUUUUGCAUACGGCAAACUGGUGGUGGAAAUAACGAAUGGUAAACUAAGAGGAAAAAUUUUGGAAUCUAGAGGUGGACGUUCUUAUUAUUCUUAUACGGGUAUACCAUAUGCAAUACCACCAAUCGGAGAACGGAGAUUUAAGCCACCCGAGUCAGCAGAACCGUGGACCGGAACAUUGAACGCUACGAAAGAAUCAAAUAUAUGUACUCAACAGGGAUUUACGGGUGGUCAAGAAGAUUGCUUGUAUUUGAACGUAUACUCACCGAAAACCGAUAAAGGAUUCUUACCAAUAAUGUUUUGGAUUCACGGAGGAGGUUUCAACUGGGGCCAUAGUCGUUCCGAUUUAUACGGCCCCGAAUAUUUCAUGGACAAAGACGUGAUAUUGGUAACGAUAAAUUACAGACUUGGUUUAUUAGGAUUUCUUAGCGCCGAAGACGAUGUGAUAACCGGCAAUUACGGAAUGAAAGAUCAAGUCGAGGCUUUGCGUUGGGUGCAGAAAAAUAUAAUUUAUUUUAAUGGCGAUCCUAAUCAAGUGACGAUUUUUGGUGGUAGUGCAGGAGGCGCUAGCGUAGGAUUUCAUAUGUUAUCACCGAUGAGUAAAGGUCUUUUCCACAAGGCUAUACUACAAAGCGGUACUCCAGUUUGCAGAUGGGCCAUUUUACCUCCCGGAAUCGCCCGCAAACGUGUCCAUUCGAUCGCCACUAUCGCCGGGUGUAAUUAUGAUACCUCAGAAGACAUAUUGAAAUGUCUCAGAAAACUACCAGCUGAAUAUUUGAUGGAUCUCCAAAAUAAAUUACACCCAUGGCUCGAUCAUCCUUACAUUUUAUUUAGUCCUGCUGUUGAAAACUGUUAUAAUAAUUAUCAAGAAGCGUUCUUAUGUCAUCAUUCGCUUUAUGAUUUCAAACAAGAAUCUUUCGUACCUGCUAUUAUUGGUUUGAAUUCAGCCGAAGGGGCACUGUACGUUGCUCCUCUGUGUAAUAAAACGUCGCUGUUGCCCGCCGAAUUUUUCACGAAUUUUAAUUAUUUGGUGUCCGUCGUAACAAAUUACAAUUUCUACACAAGGCCGGAACACAUUGACGAAAUUGGAGAGAAAUUGUUAAAAAAGUAUUUGUCAAAUGGACGAAUUGAGGAUCACAUACAUUUGAACGCGGUUAAAAUGUUUACAGAUGCAAUUUUUUCUCAAUGCACUUUUGAUAUGGCAUUUAAAUUGUCCUCUCCUGUGUAUAGCUAUUUUUACGAUUAUCAAAAUGAGUUUUCGUAUAAUAAAGUGUUUGGAUCAUGUGAAGUACCUUUAGGAGUCGCCCACGGCGAUGAACUAAAUAGUUUAUUCAAAAUGAGUAGUCUUAAUUCAAACGAGUUGAAUGAAAAUGAUUUUAAAGUUUCGAAACUAAUCGUCAAUAUUUGGUAUAAAUUCGUAUCAUCCAAUAAGCCUACAAUUGAUGGAUCAGAAAAUGGUUUAGCUUGGCCAACAUAUACUCAAACAAAUCAAGUCAUGUUGCAUUUGAAUUCAAGUCGUUCUAGUUUAUUUCAAAAUCCGUAUUCCGAUGAUUACGAAUUUUGGAAAAGCCUUCCUUUUGAUUUUAAAGAUAAAUUAUAA